GUUGGCGGCAGCGGGAGGGGGAGCGGUGGCGGCAGCGGAGCCCGCGGUUGGCAUAAAAUGGCGGAUUUCGAAGAGUUGAGGAGUUGCUGUACCAUUGUACAUCCCUACCAACAAGGUAUGAAGUGAUCCAGUUUCUCUGCAUCCUUGCCAGCAUUUGGUGUUAACACUGUUUUUCCUUUUAGCCAUUCUGAAUAUGGUUUCUAGUUUUAGGGUUUCUGAACUACAAGUGUUAUUAGGCUUUGCUGGACGAAAUAAAAGUGGACGCAAGCAUGACCUCCUGAUGAGGGCGCUGCAUUUAUUGAAGAGCGGCUGUAGCCCUGCGGUUCAGAUUAAAAUCCGAGAAUUGUAUAGACGCCGAUAUCCACGGACUCUUGAAGGACUUACUGAUUUAUCCACAAUCAAGUCAUCUGUUUUCAAUUUGGAUGGUAGUUCAUCACCUGUAGAACCUGACUUGGCUGUGGCUGGAAUCCACUCGUUGCCUUCCACAUCAGUUACACCUCACUCGCCGUCAUCUCCUGUUGGUUCUGUGCUGCUUCAAGAUACUAAGCCCACAUUUGAGAUGCAGCAACCAUCUCCUCCAAUUCCUCCUGUCCAUCCUGAUGUACAGUUAAAAAACCUGCCGUUUUAUGAUGUCCUUGAUGUUCUCAUCAAGCCCACAAGUUUAGUUCAAAGCAGCAUUCAACGAUUUCAGGAGAAGUUUUUUAUUUUUGCUUUGACACCUCAACAAGUUAGAGAAAUAUGCAUAUCAAGGGAUUUUUUGCCAGGUGGCAGAAGAGAUUAUACAGUCCAAGUUCAGCUGAGACUUUGCCUGGCUGAGACAAGUUGCCCUCAAGAAGAUAACUAUCCCAAUAGUCUAUGUAUAAAAGUAAAUGGAAAGCUGUUUCCUUUGCCUGGCUAUGCACCUCCACCUAAAAAUGGGAUUGAACAGAAGCGCCCUGGACGCCCUUUGAAUAUUACUUCUUUAGUUAGAUUGUCUUCAGCUGUGCCAAAUCAGAUUUCUAUUUCUUGGGCAUCUGAAAUUGGAAAGAAUUACUCCAUGUCUGUGUAUCUUGUACGGCAGCUCACAUCAGCGAUGCUACUACAGAGAUUAAAAAUGAAAGGUAUUAGGAAUCCUGACCAUUCCAGAGCACUAAUUAAAGAAAAACUUACUGCAGAUCCUGAUAGUGAAAUUGCUACUACUAGUCUUCGGGUAUCCUUGAUGUGUCCUUUAGGAAAAAUGAGGCUGACAAUCCCAUGCCGUGCAGUGACUUGUACACAUCUGCAGUGUUUUGAUGCUGCCCUUUACCUACAAAUGAAUGAGAAGAAGCCUACCUGGAUUUGUCCUGUGUGUGACAAAAAAGCUGCCUAUGAAAGUCUGAUAUUAGAUGGGCUUUUUAUGGAAAUUCUCAGUGAUUGUUCAGAUGUGGAUGAGAUCAAAUUCCAAGAAGACGGCUCUUGGUGUCCAAUGAGACCUAAGAAAGAAGCUAUGAAAGUAUCUAGCCCACCAUGUACAAAAAUAGAAAGUUCAAGUGUCCUCAGUAAACCUUGUUCAGUGACUGUAGCCAGUGAAGCAAGUAAGAAAAAAGUAGAUGUUAUUGAUCUAACAAUAGAAAGCUCUUCUGAUGAAGAGGAAGACCCUCCUGUCAAAAGGAAAUGCAUCUUUAUGUCAGAAACACAGAGCAGCCCAACGAAAGGGGUUCUCAUGUAUCAGCCAUCUUCUGUAAGGGUGCCCAGUGUGACUUCGGUUGAUCCUGCUGCUAUUCCACCUUCCCUGACAGACUACUCAGUACCAUUCCACCACACGCCAAUAUCAAGCAUGUCAUCAGAUUUACCAGGUUUGGAUUUUCUUUCCCUUAUUCCAGUUGAUCCCCAGUACUGUCCUCCUAUGUUUUUGGAUAGUCUCACCUCACCCUUAACAGCAAGCAGUACGUCUGUCACCACCACCAGCCCCCAUGAAAGCAGUACUCAUGUUAGUUCAUCCAGCAGCAGGAGUGAGACAGGGGUCAUAACCAGCAGUGGAAGUAAUAUUCCUGACAUCAUCUCAUUGGACUAAAGGAGGACUUAUUUGAUUCUGGGAAUCAUUCAUCAAAACUGCUUUCUUGGAUCUUUGGUCCAUGGAAACUUUUUGUUUAUUUGUUUUGGCAAUUUGAUAUUUAUUGAAACAUCAAAUGGAUUCUUUCACUUUCUGAGAGAUGAACACAGAUGACUCCAGCAAGAACCAAAUGACUUGAAAGGACUUUUCUUACUCAUAAGCUGAGUAUCAGCUGCAUUCAGCCAUAAUGGUGUCUUGAGCAGUGGAUUUGUUUCAUAUAUUACUGGAUGGAUUCUACAAAUCAACUUAAACUUUUUUGUUACAAUAAACAGCAAUAAAAUUAUGUACAUAAGAUUUAAACUUUUUAAUUAAAGAUGUAAUCACUGAUUCUAGAAUGACAACAACUUCUGUUUGAUCCAAUGUGAAGGAAAAAAAUUUGGGGAAAGAAAUCAUGUUUGCUGAAUGAGUCCUUUCCACAGAGAUUUGCUCUAUUUUGUUGAAGCAGUGAAGUUUUGAUAAGUGGCCGGAGCUUGGGACCACUUUUCUUCUCGAAGGUCAACGCUUCAUGAUCACAUCAAAGAAAACUAUGUUGUGCGUUUUUCUGGUUGUCAUUUACACUUUGACACUGUUCGCUAAUGUAUGCAGAGUGAAGUGCUGGGACUUAGCUGCUCUUUAUUAGUGAUUAUGUUUAAGAACACUAUGCAGAUUCUGUUCUGACAUAAUGUGUUAUUUUUGGUAACUGUACAUUUUCAUUCUAGAGUUUUCUAUAAAUAUGAGGCUUGCCUUCUUAAGAAAAACAAAUUCUGUGCAGCCUUUGAGAUAUUUUUGAGGUAAAAUGGCUAGAAUGUUUGUUAGAAUAUUCAUUCAGUGUCCAGAAAAACUGAUGAUUUGGAGGCAGCAGAAGGGAUUAUAUGGGAGAUGAAGAUAACAAAAAUCAGUUUCUUCCCAUAAGCUUAAUUUGCUCAUUUAUUUUAUAGAAGAGAAUACUAAAUACAUAAUCUUUGCUGAAACCUUUCAAAUUUUGGUGGCACUGACAAAUUAUAUUUUGUUUGUGAUCAUAUAUCUUGUCAGUACAGUUUCUGUCCAGCAGUGAUUUUCAAAUUUAAGGAAAAAAAAAUGGGAAGGGAUUAGGAGCAGCAUCUGGAUCAUUCUUUUUCCCCAAAUCACAAAAGACCGAAGUGUUUGGAUUUAAGUGAGAAAGUCUUAUUUUAUGACUCCCUGAAACACUGCUGUUGUGACUGUGCCAGCUGUACUUUGAAGACCAGUUUUCUAUAGGGUUUGAUUUUUAAUCCCUCAAAUAACUGGGUCUGGCUUAUAGAGAAACAUUUUCAUCCAGCUUUUAUAGUUUGCUCCAUUUGACUUCCUAAGUCAUUUUGAGUUCUUGAGGAUUUAGUACUUAAUUUUUUUUUCUAUCUCCAAGGUUUAUCCAUUUUAAGGCAAAACUGUUUAUAGUGGCUGAUUUCUCAAAUAGAAGUGUCAGGUGAGGGACUUACUAUGUCAAGGUGGAUGUGACUCAUCCCUCCUAGGAUUGCUUUUUUACCUUCUCAAAUUUUCAUGGCCUUUGUGUGCUGUUCUUGUGUCUGAUGUAAUAUGUGGUUUUCCACAUCAUCCCGUAUUCGAGGCUGUAUCUUUAGGAGGUCUAUGUAUCAUUAAGUGUGGAACAGCAAAGCCAGACCAAACUUUUACAGCAGUACUUGUACCACAGUCACCAGCUUUGCCAUCUUAGUAGGUUCCAACCCAGGUGACAGUAUUUGUGAAAAUACCAAAUUUCUUUACAGUAGGAUUUUAUGUUGCUGCUGUAAGUACAGAUGGACUUUAUGUUAAUUCUGUAAUUAGAUAAAGUAAUCUGAUUUGUGUGGCAUAAUUUGUUAAUAAAAGAAUAAUGUAUAGUUAUCAUUUUGUUAUCCA